UCCAGCAGCUGGUGAUUAUUGGAAAGUUUGGCCAAACAAUUAAUCGUGACACAUAUACUCCGAUUAAAACCAAACACAAUGAGAACUACUUUAAAUGAUCGGAACUUCCUUAUCCUUGUUCUGAAUGCUACAUACUUAUGCACAGUCACUCAAGUGUGCUGCACAUACCAACUCAUACAAACUUGUACUCCCAUACGCGCACUCUCAAUCGCAUAUUCACUGCGAUUGAACUGCUCAACUGCAAAAUACAGCCAUACACAUAGAUACAAAGGACCAUCCUGUACAGGUCCGCGCAAGCUGCAGGUAACCGCUGAAGGGGGAACCGGGCUAAUAGUUUAUUAAACAAUCAUUGUGCUUAGUCAAGUAUCAUAACCCUACUCCUGUUUACUUCUUAUCAACAAGACACUUUCUCUCGGGGAUGUCAAGCUCGAGUGUCCUUCAAAAGUUGUGAAAGGAAGACACCAAAGACUGGAAUAUUCCUCGGGAAAGUUGACUAUUCGAAAUGUGAAAUCAUCUCUCUUGACUGUCCUCAAAGACGCUUUCUCGCCUGACGUAAAGCUACAGAAGACAGUGCAGGUCUGCAUUUAAGCUGGAUCAAGUGCUCGAGGCAUAUCAUACGCUACUUCACGAUCAGGUCGAAUGUUGAAAGGGGGCUAGACCACAACUCAUACAACGCUCUCUGGUCAGACAGCCUUACAGACGGAAGGGCGAGUUAUUAUUUUCUAUAUUACCUGUGAAGAUCCGGGUUAGAAUUGGUCUUCAGUGAGGAUUGCAGACAUGCCACUUGUCAAGGUAUCGCCAAUGAACGCCCCUCAGUUCGAGCUACCAGUACUGGAGGUGGACAGCGUGCGUUAUCCGUUCUUCUACAACGAAGAUAUAGUCAGGAACAUGCCGGAAGUGACGUGUAGGGAUGAUGACGUCAUGCUUUGUGGACACAUACGAUCUGAUAACGGAGACGCUGAGCGCGAUAGUGACAACGUAUCACGGUCCCGACGCUGUGUCUCCUGGCUCUCAGUCCAAUCUCUCUCUCAACCUGUUCCGUACAGUUUGACCGGAUAUCCUCCCAAGUCCAGGCACCCUUGCUGCUGUGCACUCACAGUACGAUCACGCAAAUGUAGUACCCGGAUGUACCGUUCUUGGGCUGCAGUGGUCAUUCGAGGUACACACUGGUGUUACGAAAUCGUCAACAUGCUGCUGAGUAAGUCAACUGCCAGUGUUCCCCACACCAAGCACGAUCUGCAUGUUGAGAGCGUGGACUUGGAGACACUGGACUCGCGGACCUCUCCUCGGGUUCUCAAUGGACACAUGCAGUUCAAUCGCUUGCCGAAACAAGUCACUGAAAAACGUGUGAAAAUUAUCUACCUCCUGAGAGACCCACGCGAUGUGGCUGUGUCGUGGUAUCAACUGAUGGAGAAGAACUUCCGGUAUCGAGGGGGGCUGUCGAUUUGCCCAUUUCCUGACUGGCUGAAGUUAUUCUGUGACGGCGAACUGGAAUGGGGUAGCUGGUUCGAUCACGUGACAAGUUGGGAACGCGCGAUGUUACAACAUGAAGAUCAUCCCUUUCUAGUCGUGCACUAUGAAGAUCUUAUUUCAGAUCCGAGACGAGAAGUUAUUCGAAUGAAUGAAUUUCUUGGUACGGAAGCCGAUGAUGAGUUUUGUGAGGAGGUUGCAGCGGCGUGUCAGUUCUCAAACAUGAAGGAGAAUAAAUGUAGCAUCACCCAGAUACUGAACGGAGAGACCAUUCACUACAAUAAAGGUCACGUGGGAUCAUGGCGAUCGUGGUUCACGCUGGAGAUGAUCAGUUACUUCAAUCAGGUUUACCAAAAGAAAAUGAGAUAUACCAGGAUCCAUUCCAAAUAUAUGUGAACUCGCCUUCCUAGCUAUAGUUUUGCGACAGGAAUCCAGCCUCAGAACUUUUCCCUCAGGUUCACGUCAAUACUGCAAUAUGCUAAUAUUUACGUCUUAAUAAGUGUUUACAUCUUUUUUUUAUCAAGGGACACUUUGCAGAGAAUGAUAUCGCUGAUCGAUGCGUUUGGUAAAUAAACUCUUCCACAUUUCCAAAAUAAGGAAAUGUAUCAAACGAAUUUAGGUGUACAUACGUCGAUUAAACUUGAACAUAGACGAAGGUAAUUCGAUACACGGAGAAAACAUGUGUAUUGUUGUCAUUCUCAGCAUUAAUUCAGUUCACUGCGCACGUGUUGACACAAUGGGGACACAAAACCACGACACUAUUCAGGGGAUUCAAACUUAGGAAUUGUCUUAAUGACGAUUGCUGUCAAACUGUUGAAAUGAACUGCUGAAAAUUUGUACUUGUCAGUAAAGUUGAUCAUAGUUCA